GGAAUUGUGUUCGAUAUGGACAAAAUCAGACAGCUCAGAACCGGUUCGAAGGAGUUUUACCACAAAAUUCAAACCAACAGUAGUGCCGUGUCGGUGUUGUUUAGCAGACCCAAACGCAAAGGAGCCGGCGUGACUAUGGAACAAAUCAAGGCAAAGUACGAAAAGCCAGUCAGCAAAGGCGGUUACAUGUAUGAAUCAGGAAUUGAUCCCGGCCAGAAAACAAAAAUGGCCUGCGUGCGUCGGACUUCCGCUACUGGAACUGAAACCAACAUCAAAUUAUCGAGUAUUCAAUAUCACUGGGGUGCGCGACAAGGAAUGCGCGUCAAACAGGCCACGAAAAUGACCAGAAAGUACGAUCACGAUGGAAAUCAUUCACAAGUACAUCGAGUCUAA